AUGCUGGCGCAGAUUCACCGCAACAAGCGGAGCGCCGCUCUCGCCUCGGUGCUCUUCGUCGCCCUGCUCGUCUACACCUGGCACUCGCUCAAUCUCGAAUCGCUGCUGCCCGCGCCGCUGCUGCACGGCGGCACCCACAAGCAGGUUCCCUUUGUCGCCGCGCGCAUGCACGAGGUUACCUGCCCCGGCCCGAUUGGCGAGCAGCUGCCCUCGAAGCGCAUACCCGUCGUUCGCGGCCGCAAUGUCUCGAGCACCACCCACGGCGAGACCCUCUCCGUCCCCAAGGUCGUCGUCCUCAUCUUCUACGGCCGCCGCAGCACCGUCUCCAUUCUCGACUGCUACCUCAAGCGCAACCUUGUCAGCAACGGCGGUCUCAUUGAUGAAGUCAUAUGGCUGCGACGUACCGAAGCGAAACUAGACCUCGACUUUCUCCAAAAACUUCUCGACUCCGAGACCCGUUACAGCAAGCGAGAUGUCGACCGCACAGACGCCAAUGGCUUUGCCAGCGCCUACGAGGGUAUGGACGAUGACACGCUUUACCUCAAGAUUGACGACGACGUGGUCUUCAUCGACGACAAUGCCCUCCUGUCCCUCAUCUGCACCAAGCUCACCCACCCCGAAUACUACAUCGUCUCUGCCAAUGUCGUCAAUCAGCCCAUGAUUAGCUGGCUGCACUGGAACCUCGGCGCCGUUCUGCCUUACCUCCCCGACACCAAGAACCCUUACCCCGAGCUCAAGGACGGCGAGCAAGUCGACUGGCGCGCUUCGAGCCUGCCCGACUACGAUGGCCCCGAGGACCUGAACAUCCUCGAGUGGAGCUCGCCCGACAAGAAGAAGCACCGAUGGCUGCCGAUGCGCAACCGUACCGACCACGUCCUUACCGGUACCCCUAUCGUCAACACCCAGUACGAUGCCUUUGGCAAGGGCCUCGGCCACUGGCAGAUUGCUGCCCAGCAGCACUACAGCUUCUUUGAGAACCUGGAGAACAAGGAGCUACACAAGUACAAGUUCAACGUGUGGGAUUUCCAGCUGAAGCGUCUGGGCAUCCAGUUCAUGGCCGUCAUGGGCCGAGAUAUCAACGGCGCCAAGCCCAUUGGCCAGGACGACGAGCAGCACUUUUCCGUUACCAUGCCUGAGAAGACGGGCCGCGGUGCCGUGGCAGAUGGUAGAGCCAUUGUCGCGCACUACAGCUUUGGGCCCCAGUCCGAGCACCUGCCCACGACGGAUAUCCUCGAGCGCUACCGAUCAUAUGCCGCCGAGAACGUUUGCCUGAAGCCCAUGCUGUGGUCACCCGAAGAUGAAGUCACCAAGCAACUGCUGUCAUGA